ACCAAACUCCCUUUACGCGCGGCGCGAUGCGACCGAACUGCGGCCACGGAGCUCGAUGGACCGCGUAAUCUUAACCCUAAUGCUCCGCGACCCGGUCUGACUAGUGCUGCUCGACAUGGCUGUGCGCAGUAACUCUCUGAUGCCAUUCUCAAUUCAAGCCAUUCUGAACCGAAAAGAGGAGUCUCGCCAUCUGAACGAGCUGGAUGUGUGUUUCUCAAAGAGCGCGUGCUGGAAAAUAUUCGAUGAAAUGGACGCACCGGAGCGGAGCGACGAAACGGAGCAUAAGAACUACGAUUCCGACUCCGGGCUGAGCGAGGACAACGACGCUAAAGCGCAAAUCGACGCAAAGCCAGAAAAAGACGCAGAUUUAGCGGACGAGACGGAUCAGGAAUCCGCGGCCAAGGGCCUGAGCGACUGCGUGUCCGACUGUAACACGGCCGAGGAGAAGAGCGGCGAUGCGCCGAAGCAGCGGAAGAAGCGCUCCCGGGCCGCGUUCUCCCACGCGCAGGUGUUCGAGCUCGAGCGCCGCUUCAACCACCAGCGUUAUCUCUCCGGACCGGAGCGCGCAGACCUCGCGGCCUCCCUCAAACUCACCGAGACGCAGGUCAAGAUCUGGUUCCAGAAUCGACGGUACAAAACCAAGCGACGUCAGAUGGCCGCCGAUCUGCUGGCGUCAGCCCCGGCGGCGAAGAAAGUGGCGGUGAAGGUGCUGGUCCGGGACGACCGACGGCAGUACAGCCCCGGGGAGUUGCUGCGACCGCCGCUUCUGUCGCUGCAGCCCUCUUAUUAUUACCCGUACACGUACUGCCUGCCCGCCUGGAGCCUGUCCUCCGCCUGCUCUGGAAACCAGUGACACCAGGACUCUCCGACCCAUAUUUAUUACGCGAAAGACUUUCGUUUACCGAACACGCCGAGUGAGCAACCAAAACCGGGAGAUGUUAUUCAGUGGAACUGUCUUCACCGAAACAGACUCGUUAUCUCCAGGACUGCUGAUGUGCUCCUGAUUAACUCUAUUAGGAUUCUAUCUCAGAAUGUGUGGAAAUGUGUCAUUCCCGGCUCGUGUUUUAGCGAAAUGUUCGUUCUUCUGGUUGGAAAACAAAGCAGCACUUGAUGCCGUUACUGCCGUUCGGUUUUAGGGUAUAAACGGUAAGACUGGCACUUUCCCCCUCCACAGUUCCACAUGUUAAAAUCAGAAGAAAAUAUUGAACAUUUGCUGGACUUGAGGAGCCGUGAAGGCUCGCCCGUUUACUAGACAUGUACUUGUUUUCAUAUUGGUGUAUCGUGUUUUGUUUAAUGAAAAAGAAAUGAAGCAUUAAAAGGUAUGAAGAAUAA